AUGAUGUUUAAUGCCUCUAGAGUAAGCUAUGCGAGCAGUACAAAGUCAUCUAGAUUGGAGCCCGAUGGCUCUUCCAGCUUUGCAGCUGGUAACAGUUUUUCUUCCAGUUCGAAGGGCUCGUCUGGGUGCUUUUGGUCGCUGGAUUCAACAGAAAGCUUUGGUAGCUAUACUUCCAGUCCAACCCAAAACUCAACGAAAGUGACUUUGGUACCGGCAGGCACUGACAUGUCUACAUUCACAAAUACAGCGACAAGCGAAACGCCGAGUUUUACCACAGACGCCAUUUCCACCACAAGAAGCCUGCAUCAGGGCAAGACAGCCGUGAGCUACACCCGCAGUUAUGUAAUAACUGAGUCCUCUACGACCUUUACAACGCAGCUAACCAGAGUUUCGGUUCUGAAUACUAACAAGGCCGCUACGUUUACAGCACCAACAGCGGCCGUUACCACGGACGUGGCUUUUUACAACCGUUGGCUAAGUGGGACGCUCGACUCGGGCCAGUCGAGUGGCUCUAUCUCUGCAGGCCAUCGAAAUGCUAUAAUCGCUAGUGUGUUGGGCAGCGUGGGUGGGUUUUUCAUAGCAGCGACGCUUAUAUGGGCGAUAGUCUUUUGGCGGCGUAAGAAGCGAGUAGCCUCGACGCAGGGCUUCAGUCAUGAGAUUGGGUGUCGUGUCGAUGAUCCCGCCAACAUGGACAAUGAUGCAUACGCAGCACCAAACCGCAGUACCACGAACAGGUCGUCUGACGAGGAUGAAGAGUUUUUGAAAAGCAAAUACAGCUCAUUUGGACGCAAAUUGCCAUUGUGGCGCAAAAGCGAUGCGAAACCCAAACCUCAUAAUUCUCAAGAGCAGUCCGCCGGACCUGAACAACCACGCGCGAAAGGAAACCCAUUUCAAGACGAGUUCGAUUUCCAGAAACGACUUCCUCUGCUGCCUCCGGUACCGACCCGCUCUUCUCCGCUGCAAACGAACUUUUCUUACCCCAGUGAAGACACGUCUUCGAUUUCAGGCACAGACUCGGAUUCUUCAUCAUCUAUCCAGCUAUCAAGACCCAAUGCGGUCGCUCGAAGUACUCAAAGUUUCUUGAGAGAGGUGCUGUGA